AUGAUCUCUGGUCGUUGUGCAGCUUGUAAGUAUUUGAGAAGAAGAUGUCCUUCCGAUUGCAUUUUUUCCCCUUUCUUUCCUUCCAAUAAUCCUCAAAGAUUCGCCAUUGUUCAUCGAAUCUAUGGUGCCAGCAAUGUCGCCAAAUUCCUCCAUCAACUCCCUCUGCAUCUACGACCCGAAGCAGCCGAAACUUUGUUCUUUGAGGCAAAAUGCAGAAUUGAAGAUCCAGUUUAUGGAUGUGUUGGAAUUAUUUCUCAAUUACAACAUCAAUUACACGUGGCAGAAACCCAGUUGGCCAAAACUCGGGCUGAGAUUGCAUUUCUCGCUUCCAACCUCCAAGAAGCCCAACCACAAGAUUUUGCAGUUCAGCCCAUUCAAGGCCCAAAUACUAUUGGGUUCUCUCAGAUUGGGCUUUCCACUCCAGCCCAUUGGUUUAAUUCAUAG